AUGCCUGUUCAGUCACAAUAUAUUUCCGUGAUCUCUAUGGGGACGGUUGAAGAUUCCAGUUGGGUGUAUUUAGUGGACUGGAUUUUGGCAUUAAUUAUAGGUUUCGCUUUCGUUUUCUAUUUUCACAGAUGUGUGGGAUGGCUUAUCUCAGAACUUCUUCGCUUGUUACUAUGGAAGAGACAUCGUAUAAAGAUUACUUUUGAAUCCUUGAAGAUAUCAUUUCUUGGUGGGCGGAUCUUUGCUAAGAACUUGACUAUAAUAACAACUGAUCAAACUGUUUCCAUACUAAAAUUGUCAUUGACCUGGAGAUACUGGAUUUUCAAUCUAACUCGUUUGCCGGAAUAUUAUUUUGAAAGCAAAGAUGAAAUAUUAGAAUCAAUGGGUUAUCUGAGAGAGGACAACGAGCGUCUUCCUUGCAGAAUUCUUCUUAUGAUUGAAGGAUUAGAAAUAUUCAUGUACAACAGAAGAACCGGAUAUGACAAUAUCAUUAAUAUUUUAAAUGAAGAGGAAUUAAAGGAUAGUUCAAGCAAGAUGUCUGGUAGCUCAAGUUUCUCUGACUCAAAUAGCAGUUUGAGGUCUCGCACUUCUAAUUUGUCUUCGAACGAGAAAUCUUCUCCUCCAUCAUUCGAAAAGCCAUUACAUAAAGAAGGAGAAAAAUGUCAUAAAAUGACCAACUAUACUCUCAAAUUCUUACUAAAAGUUUUCCCUAUCAAUGUCAGAAUAAAGAAGGGAGCCAUUGUCGUUGGAAAUAGUACAACACCUUCAAUUUUAGUGAUGUCAUAUAAAUCUGCUGAUUCAAUUUUUGAUGUCUCAAAAGCGCCAAAUUAUUUGGACUUCUAUAGAUUACAAUUUUCUUUUGACACUGACAGCCUUCAAAUGUCAAUCAAGCCAAAUAUUACUUUCGAUAAGAAUCAUUCCAAAACUGACAUAAGAAAUCGAACUCAAAGUAGAGUUCAUAAGCAUAAAAAUUAUCAGGUAUGGAAAAGUUUUCAAAAAGCAGUCAAAUUUAUGACGAAAACUGCGAUGUUAAAGAGGAGUAAAAGUCAAAAAAAAGAGGAUCCAGGAUCAUUUCAGUGGAUGGGAUUGAAAAGAUAUGUAGGUGAUACAUCUGGUGACGAAAAGCUAUUUGGAAUAGCAGGGGCCGAUGAGGAGUACGCUAGAUAUACGCUGAUAUUAGAUUCUUCAAGGACUAAGCUAACUUAUUAUUAUGAUGUGCCUGGAUAUGUACCUUAUGAGAAUCCUCUAGAUGGUAUGAGUCCACAAUUUGGAAUUAAUAUUGAAUUAUCCAUGGCAACUAUUCACUAUGGGCCCUGGGCAGAUAAACAAAGAAUUCCGAUUCAAACGAUGUUCUUUCCUCCAAUUAGUCAUGACUCUAAACCUACUGAGAUUCCGAAGCCUGGCUAUCUAAGGAGCUAUGAAGGCUUUAAGAUCCAAAUUCAUGUUAAAGACGAAGCGGUUCUUCGUAUUCCCGUAAGGGAACCAAGUAAAGAUAAAGAGCUUUUGAAGGGCAAUUUAGUUGCUAACAUGGCAACCAGAGCUUCCAGACCCUUUGGUUGGUUAGAAUUGAAAACGAAGACGAACUCUACGGUUACUUCAUUUACAUCAUAUGUUGCCUCGAAAGAAAUUGGCUGGCCGAAUACUUUGAAUGCGUUUUUUUGUGAACCAGAAGUAAGGACAUCAGUGAAUCAUGAUAUUUUGUUCGCAGCUAAAAGUCAUAGAAUAGACGGUAAAAUUGGAUUCCCUUUGAAAUGGAAUGGCAAAUGCGACUGGACGUUCGAUUUUUCAAGCAACCUGGCAAAAGUAUUCUUUUUGAGAGAGCAUACCAUGCUCUUCUCUGAUAUAUUCUCAGAUUUUGGGUCUGGGACACCAACUCCUUAUGAAUAUCACCGCCCAUUUCAAUAUAAUAUUAAUUGGAAGGUAGAAAACUACAAAUUUUUCUUGAAUAUUAAUGAUUGCAAUAUAAUCAAUAAUCCCUUGGACUUUGUGAAUAACAAGUAUUUGUCUUUUCAAGGUAAGGACCUUGAAUGUCAACUAUGCAUUCCUUUAAAUGGACAGUUUUCAAAGUCUACAACAAUCGACUAUAAAAUCGAUACAUCUUUCUUCAAUUUUGUUCUCGACAAUCCUAUGUGGCACACUACACAUUCAUUCUUAAAUGAUUCUAAUAUUAUGGGAAGAAGUAACAAUUUUACCAUCGAAGGAUCUUACACCUUCUUUAACUCUGUUGAGGUAAAUACCUCAAAUUUUGUUGUCAUUAAGUGCAUUGGUGACUCGAUCACUUUGAAGCUUUACGGUUUCGUGGUUCGAUAUUUUUUUAGUAUUAAGGAAAAUUAUUUUGGGCACUUCAUUCAUUUCAAGACCUUUGAGGAAUACAAUAAUGGAUUGGAACCUUCAAUAAAUACUGAUGGCGCUUCGUCCGCUAAAUCGGAUAUGAAGAAGGAUAGCGAAAAUGCAGAUAUAGAUUAUUGGAAGAUUAUUAGAACUGAUAACGAUAUGGACUUCUUAUUUACAUUUCAGGUAAGACGUGGCCUAUUGGUGCUACCCUAUCAUUUAUUUGAUUGUUCAUCGCACAUCGGUCUCUCUUUUGAUUAUCUAGACAUUGACUUCAGAUUCAACGACUAUUAUGUUGAUUUGCAGGCUGACUUCAGCCCUAUUUCGGCUAAAUUCAUUCAUGAUCCCAAUGAAUCAUAUUUUGAUUUAGCACGUUAUAUUGAAAUCAAUGAUUAUGCUGGAUCCCCCGAUUUAACAUUUGAUGGAUUUACAAUUCACACACACAGGAUGCUUGGAUUUGUUCCAAUUUCUAUCAUGUAUUAUUGCAAGUGGGACUUUGCUUCGGGUGAAAUGAAUUUUGAUUGCAGCAUUUCAUUUUGGUGCAAAUUGAUGGAGUCUAUUGAGAGACAAGGGUUCAGUUUUAAGGACUUAGAAAAUGGCUUGAAUGUUCCAGCCGCAUUAGCAUAUGACAUUGCAAACUUUUCCUUCAGAUGUCCAAGAGUUAAUAUGCGCCUCAGAGGCGACGAACACUCAGCGUCGAAAGCUUUUCUUUCGAUUAGUCUCGAAUCAAUACUAGCCACAUUCAAUAAUUCAUUGAACCACAGAUACUCGAACAAAAUGGCCCUUACAAUUCCUUUGAUAGAAAUAAAGCUUAUAGAUGAAAUAGCAGGUACUAUUUCUGCAUUUAUAAAGACUUCUCUUAACUUUACAAAUAUUGAACAGGCUCAGAAAAUGGAUGAACACAGAAGAUUACAUGAAGAACACUUACGAGCAAACGAUGCCCCGUUUCACAGGGCUUCCUUUCUUUUGAGUGAAGAAUACAGAGAUGAGAUAUAUAAUACUGCCCUUGGAUCACAUUUAACCUCCCUAACAUUACCCACCGUUUCUUGCCCUCUCAAAAAGGAGACGGAACCUUUUUUAUUAAAGAAAAGACCAUCCAGCAGUGAUACGGAGGAUGUGAUGACUGAUGAUUCUAGUUUAUAUUCAAUGGAAGAUGAGUUCAGAAGAAUGCAUCCGACUAACUCUUAUGAAGACCAAGAUUUUGCGCCUUCACAUAAAACGAAUCCCAAAUUCAUUUAUCACAACCUUAUCUUUGAUGUGGGCGAUGUUAGUGUAUUUUUCACUCCGUCAUCUUUACAAUAUAUUGCAGAAAUGCUGGAAACCGCAGGAGAUUUAACGGUGGAAUCACUCAUGGAUACCCUCAACAUCAAAACAGUAUUGAAUUUAAACCGUUUGAUGAAUCCCGUUGAUUUGAUACUUAAUUACCGGUUUGUUACCCAAGAAAUUUUAUUGAAGUUUAUCGAUAGAGAAGUUCUGGAUCCUAUGGAGGUCUUUGAAAGAGUACCAAAGGUGCCAGUUAUUACAUUGAAAAUUGUCGAACCUUCUUUCGCAUUUUCGUCUGUUGAGGACACUAGCCAUGGGGGAUCGAUGAUUGAUGAAAAGGAUUCUAACACUUGCGCUUGUCAUAUCAAGGAAGUAUUCUUGUCAAUUUCCAAUAUCUCAGAAUUUACAUUACCUCUUUACUUGAGUAUUAAUGACAUCGAAAUAUGGCUGACUAAGGACGAGCUUGAAGACGUAACUGGAUCUUUUAUUGUUGAUAGCAUAGAUUUUCAAAUUAACUCUAGCCAAAUCGAAUGGACAGUCAAAUUCUUCAUGGAUAUAUACAAAAAAUGCUACAUGAGUGUCGCUAGGCUCAAGAAUAUCAGCGAAUUGAAUUCAAUGGCUAUCGGGGAAUUAGUGUAUAAGCUAGCUCUUGCAUCCACAACGUUUCAUGUUGAUCAUGACCCAACCGUUUUGACGAAGCCUACAUACAUUCUAAGGUCGAAGAAAGCACACGUUCGGUUUUAUGAUAGUUGGAAGCUUAUGACUCGUUUGCGCCACAUUCUUAGAAAUUGCCCUAGGACAUGGAAAACAGAUCAAAACAAUCUAUUAACCGGUGGUCAAUGGGAUAAAACGGCUUCUGCACGCCAGAAGGUGGAGGAAAUAUUUCAUAACUGGAGAAGUUGGGAGGCGAACGAAGAUGAGAGAAAGGACUUUUUCGAUUUAGUUUUUAAGUCUAAGAGGCAUAUACUUCUGAUGCUUAACUUUCGUUUUCGUGUUUCUAACGUGAAUAUGAAGUUAAUAGACGGUUCGAAAAGAAUUGACUUUAUUUCGCUUCGGGAUGUCAAUACCUCAUUAAAGGCUUUAGACUCUGACAGCAACGAUUUCAGUCUCAUACUUGAACCAGGAAAAUCUUUAGAAAUUAUAAAUAAUAUUGCAGCUGUGAACUCAAAGUUAUCGACUAUUUUUCUAGAGUCAUAUGUCAGAGCUACUAAAGCAUUUCAAAAUAUAUCAGAUGAUUUGGUGUCGUGCAGAUCAAGAAACCAAGGCAAAAAUGAAGGUAAAGAUAGUAAUGUUGGUAAUAAAGGUAAAGAAAAUAUAAAAUUGGACGUUAUAUCGAACUUAAUGACUCUUCAGCUUGAAAUAAAAGUGCGGAAUUCAACCAUGACCAUAAAAUUCAGUGGUUUAGCUGCAGCCUUGCUCUAUGAUAGCUCGAGAUCAUCGAAGGAAAGUUUAUUUGAUCUCUCAUCGGAAGCUUCCCAAUUUGAUGCUAAGUUAUGGAAUAACACUAAUCAGCUUUUGAACAUCAAAAUAACUGAUAUUUGCUUCGGUUUAGCUAAUGAAGGACUUAUUAGCUUAGGAUCCAAAAUUGCAAAUGCUAGCAUUGGAACAAUGUCUGUUCAAGUGCCAGAGGGUGGCGAUGAAUCUGCCGAGACCACUGUAUCCUUUGUUAGAGAGGAUUUAAAGUAUUUGAAGCAAUUCAACCUUUUAAAAUCAUCUAAUAAGAAUGAAGAUUUAGAUCUCUGGGACUCUCUAGGGUCUAUAUCUGUCGACUUCGCGAUUGGCGAUUUUUCCUUCAUAUUUGGAAUGUUGAAACCUUUAAAACUUGAUUUGCACAUUCUAGAGAGCCAAAUUACAUUAAGCAUUAUCAAUAAGAUUGCCCUAUUUGAAUCUAAAGUCGAGAAAGUUUUCUGGAAAACUGUUUUAGGUAGCAUUUCAAUGAUUGAGGUAGAAAACUCGCUGUUUAAUUUAAACGCAAGAGUCACUAGUGUCGAGGAGAGUAUUUUAGCUAAUAUGGAUCUAGGUCUAGGUUAUACUAAGGUAUUUAUUCCUAACAUUAUUAAUUCGUUCUUUGCUCUUAACAAUCAUAUUGAGCAUUUGCUGAAGACUAUUGGCAAAUUGAGGCUCCAAUUUUUAAAUUCGGAGGAUGAUGAAUCUCAGCGGGCCCUGGUCAAAGACAAAAAUGCACAAACAAUCGAAAAGAGUCUCAUGUACAAGGUUAACACGACCGUAGAUUACAUUGGAAUAUCAACAGUCUUGAAUAAUGCCAAGUUCUCAUUUGAGCUUGAAGAUAUUACAUUGGGCACUCACAAUGUUGCUAAUGUUGCUCGAAGUUCAGUUUUUUCUCAGGAGAAAGUUCCAUCUCAUGGAGAAAUAGAAAUCCCAUCUGCAAGAUUUUCUAUCGUUGAUAGGAGCGUUCCCGUACGUCUUUCAAAUGUCUUUGAUAUCAAUUUAUCAGUCUCGAUACUAAAUGAUGGUGAUAUCGAAAACAUGAAGCAGUCAUUGCAAAUUGAAUCUCAAUAUUUUAGAGUCUGUUUGUGCCCGCAAGUAAUAUUCAAAAUGAUUGAAAUGACAGAUUUUGUGACUGGGAUAUUUGAAAUGAAGAGCUUUUUAGAUAAAUUUAAAUUGAAGGUAAAAGGACCUAAGAAACUCGAUCGCGCCUUCCCUUUUUCUUCUGUUCAUGUUUUAUCUUAUAAAUUUUGCAUUGGAUUUUUGUUUGGAGGGUCAGAAAAAGAUUAUCCAGGUAUUAUUUUAGGAGCAGAAAGAUUUUAUGCAAUAACUCAAAAGCAUUUGGGUAAAUUUACGCUAAUAGAUGCAUAUAUGUCGGUUGCUCGUGGACAGGGAUUCUCCAAUUUUUACAGCACAGAAUCAGAGAAAGGAAACUUGAACCGUUCCUUUUUGCCUAAUUUGCAAUUAACUUAUUCAAUCAAUGAUUCAAAGGAUGGUAAGGAUAUGAGAAUUAGUAUGCUUGGUGACGAAUUGGAUGUAAAGUUUUUAUCGGACUCCUUUGUUAUUUUAGAUCAUCUUUUGAAAUCUAGUACAGUCAUUCAAAACUAUUUAUUAAAAAGAGCUCAAAAUCCAAGAUUUCAUAGGACAAAGAAAGAAAUGCAUCCUCAAACAGACUACAUGAGAUCAAUAAACUCAAUUUUUGCUUCGAUAGAAGUCUACGCGAAAUUUGCUGGGGCAAACGUCAUGUUUCAUCGUCUUAAUGAUGAAUGGGAUCUGAAACGACCUCCUGCCUUACUACUUCAUUCUCCGGCUGUGCAAAUAGCGUCGUUAUAUCAACAUAAGAAAGAGAGCUCUAAAAAGCAUUUCUUUAAGACGGAAGUCCUCACUUCUUCCUCCGACAAUACCUUAUACGCUUCUUGUGUUCCGGUCAUGGUCGAUAUAAUUUAUGGUGUUAAAAAAAUGAUGCGAAAAUUGAACUCUAAAAGUGGAAUACGCAACAAGCCGACAAACGAGCCAGCUAAAGACAUUCAACUAGGUAACUUACUCAGAGACAUGGAUAUUUAUUUAGGAGUGAAGAUAGAAAAUCAAAAAGUUUCUCUCCGAUGUGAGCCGAUAGCUGAAGUUGCAGCAGUUGUUGGAAUUGAUGGUAUAUAUAUUCAGCUUUAUUCUGGGAAUGGCGAUAUACCGGCUCUAGUUUCCGCUGUUCAGAUUGAGUCCGUUUCGGCUUCACUUCAGCAUAUAUAUUCAAGAGAAAUAAGUGGAUCUAUUACAUUGAAGCAUUUCAUUUUAACAAGCUCAUUUGAGUUUAAAAAGAAAUUGAGCAUAUUGUCUGCGAGUUCGCUAUCCGACAUUGAGGCAUAUGUUAAUAUAAAACAAUACCAAGACUUGGAUAUUUUUAAAGAUAUCUGGAUACCAAAACUUGAUCACUUCGAUAAGACCGAAGAAGAUAGCAAUACUUUAAAAAAUGCUAAUGAUGCCAAGAUAACUGUAAAUAAGAAGAUGUCUUCUCGGUUCAAAGAAGUAUCUACUACAUAUGCCAUUCCGGGGGCUCUUACUCUAAUUAUCAGUAAUAUAUCAUUAAAGGCAGAUUUUGGCCCAUCAUUGGGGAACUUCACGUUGAAGUUGGAUGAGUUUUUUGCGGUCUCAAAGAAGUCAACGGAUUGGGCGCAUGAUCUAAAGCUUGGUAUUAACUCUGUUAGCCUUAUCUCAGAAGGAAGGCUAGGGGGUAUCUUCUCGGUAUCUAAUAUAAGGUUGCAUAUGGCAGUCAAUUGGAUGUUAGACAUGGAUACAAUUUUAGAUGUACCAUUAAUCUUAGUUUCUGGUCGUAUUGAGAAAUUACAAGUUAGAGCGUCUUUUGAUUACCAUGUUUUUGCAAUAGUUAAUGUGGAGGACUGUUCAAUCGAUAUAUAUAAUCAGAAGAGUAGCGUCAUUAAGGACCACUUGUUUAUUCAAACGGGAUUCAAAUGCUUGGAGAUUUUCGUCACAUCAUUAGCGGCGUCAACUAUUUUAGAUAUUCAUCACACCGUGGACCGAAUGGUAGAAGAUAAUAGAAGAUCUUACAAAGAAACACUACAUGAUUCUUCAAAAAGUAAGGGUGACCUGGCUGGUAGAGUUCAUGGUAAGAAAAUGGAAGAAGAUAUUUUAGAAGCCACAAAGAAGCUAGAGACGAAAAUAGAGGUUAUUGCUGGUCGAUUUUUUGUCCAAGUAUAUCCAUCAUCUUUUAAUGACUCAAAAGUGUUAGUAUUUACGUUGGAUGAAUCUAAAGCAAACUUUCAACAGAAUGAAUACAAAAGCGGCAUAUCCAACAAUCUUGAACUUCGUUUGAAUGACCUCAAAGUAUCUUUGUCAGGAACAACAGUUCCCCAUGCUGACUAUGCUAUGAAGUUUUCAAUUGAUGACUUUGUAGGAGUUGCAAGAAAAGCUAAAGGGGGAGCCCUAUUUGUAUUUCCUUCUUUAAAGAUAUCUAUGAGGACAUUUCAAAAGUAUAAUACAAAUGUCAUAGAAUAUUUCUAUCAAUCUUCAUUUGGUGGCACAGUUGAUAUAAGAUGGAAUCUUGGUUCGAUUAACUUUAUACGAGAAAUGUAUUCCGUUCAUAAAAAAGCAUUGGACUCUCGUAUUGAAUAUAGGAAAACUAAAGAAGGGGAUAUUGCUUGGAAUGAGAGAAUGUUUGAUGUUGACUCGAAGCAUUCGCCUGCGACAAUUCCUGACUCUAUUGAUCAAUCGACGGGACUUGAUAGAGUGAUUGGCAAUACCUUGAACAGGGUGUCCAGCGAGUCAAAGUUCGAUUAUUUGCCCUUGGCACCUCCAAUAAUUGAAGCACCCCAGUUGAGAGAUUUAGGUAAUGCUACUCCGCCGCUCGAAUGGUUUGGGUUACACCGUAAUAAUUUCCCUAAUUUCACGCAUGAAGUUGGAAUUGUAACGUUGCAAAAAUUGGUACACGAGGUUGAGCACAGAUACUCCAAGAUACUUGGAAGAGCCUAG